CGGGAGCGGUUUCACCACUUCCUGCUCCGAAACCAUCCCUUGCAGGAGGACCUUGGGUUCCCUUGCGUUGCGGGGUCAGGUGGGGACCCCAGAGGCCAUCCAGUCCACCCCUUGCUUGUGCUGAGGCCGUGGGACCGUCCUUGCCGGUGUUGCCGUGACCUGAACGAGGAAGAGGAGGAGGAGGAGGAGGAGGAGGAAGAGGGGCCCAGGAAGUGCGCGGGGAGCGGCGCCCUUUGCCCGACUUAUCGGAGAGCAAACACAACACCUGGGCACCCGUCACGGCCCUGCCACUGCCACCGCCACGGCCACCAUGUGCACGGGGGUCUGUGCCCGGCUGGUGGGCCUGACCUUGGUGGCCUCCGGCCUGGCCUGCAUCGUGGCCAACGUCCUGCUCAUGUUCCCUAAUGCACAGCGAGAGUGGACCCCCGACGGCAUCGGCCUCCAGGUCUGGCUCCUCGGGGGGCUCAUCGGAGGGGGACUCAUGGUCCUUUGCACCGGAUGCUCGGCAGUGCGGGCCGGAGGGAAGGGAUGCUGCGGACACGGAUGCUGCGGGAACCGGUGCCAGAUGCUCCGCUCCGUCUUCUGCUCCCUUUUCGGGGGCCUGGGGGCCUUCUACUGCCUGGCCGUGGCCUCCGCUGCCCUGGCCAAGGGGCCCUACUGCCAGACCCACAACCAGAAGUGGGGAUACCCCUUCGAGGACCUCGGGGGGUCCUACCUGCAGAACAAGACCCAGUGGGAGGCGUGCGUGACCCCGCCCAGGGUGGUCCUGUGGCACAUGGUGCUCUUCUCCCUCCUCCUGGGCCUGGGUCUCCUGGAGCUGCUCCUCUGCGGGAUCCAGGUGGUCAACGGGCUCCUGGGCACCGUCUGCGGGGACUGUCGCAAGGCCGGAGACCGGGAGGGCGAAGGCUUGUGAGACCUCCAGGAUCCAAGGGGUCUGGUGUGGGAGCCCCUCUUCCUCCUCCUCCUCCUCUCCCCCCCCCCCCAUGGAGACCCCUCCCCACCCCAAAUGCCCCCUUUUCUGUCUCUCACCUGCAUUUUGCACAAAGGCCCCCCCCCUCCCUCCCUUCCUUGAAGGGCCAGGAAUAAAA